CUAAGGCUGGAAAAUGGCGGCUUCUUAGGCUCGUAGCCGUGCGCAUCCCGGUUUUGGCAGUUGCCGGUGUCGCCUGGCAGGGCUCGACCUCCCCUGCGCCAUGACGCGCUGGGUGCCCACCAAGCGGGAAGAGAAAUACGGCGUGGCUUUCUACAACUAUGAUGCCAGGGGGCCAGAUGAACUGUCUUUGCAGAUUGGAGACACAGUGCACAUACUGGAAACACAUGAAGGUUGGUACCGAGGCUACACUUUAAGAAAAAAAUCUAAAAAAGGCAUAUUUCCUGCUUCCUAUAUUCAGCUUAAAGAAGCAAUAGUAGAAGGAAAAGGGCAACAUGAAACUGUCAUACCUAGCGAACUACCACUCAUUCAGGAAGUUACCACAACACUACGGGAAUGGUCUACGAUAUGGCGGCAACUCUAUGUU